GAAAAAAUGAACGAGAGCCAGCUGGAUGGGGUCCACUGGGCCAACACACGGUUCAACGCGAGCGAGUUGACUCGUUGAUCUCGACUCAUAACUCGUAACCACGCUUCCAAUCUCAACCUUUCUUUCUGAUUUGGCAAACACGGUGGAGGAUGUCGGAAGGGAACCAGAUCGACGAUUCCAAAAACGACGACGUUGCAGAGGAUGAAUCUUCUCCGGUUCAACGCGACGAACCGGAAGAGAAGAUCCGUAAACGGGACCACAUCGACAUCCUUUCUCACCCCAACGUGAUGAGGCUUCUGAACAAGCAAGGUGAUCAGAUUGUUCUAUUUGCAGAUAAAGUUUUGAAGUUCACUGGUUCUGGGAAGAUGAAAUACCGAUAUCUGAUGAUUACGGAUUUUGCGGUUUACCUAAUUGACCCUGAAACUGAUUCCCUCAGACGGAGGAUAGCCCUUGCGGCGGUUGAGAAAAUUUGUGUCAGUGAGUUAACUGAUAACUUUCUUGUAGUUAUAAUUCCGACAGAGUAUGAUUUGCUCAUAGCUAGCGCUAGAAAGAAUGAAAUCAUCACUGCCUUUGUUGAAGCUUAUGAACCUGAGGUCGUUUCUUCCAAUAGGUUUGAGUAUAAUGCAGCAUCCAACAUGGUUAAGGAGAUUGAAUUUGAGGAAAUUGAAGGUACGUGGAGGAUUCUUUUUUCCUCUAAUUUUUUUAAGGUGGGGCAAUGUGCUUGGAAGGGGAAUUAAUGAUCUAGGCGGUGUCAAAACAAAAAUUUUGAGGAAGUGAAUUUCUUUUGUAUUUUCGUGACAAUGUCUGUAACUUGCUGGAUAUACGUACAGGAAAUUAUUGUUGAGCGAUUGUGUAGAAAAGGUUCUUCUUACAAGUUUAAGCAAACUGCACGGGUGAAAUUACCACCGUAUAUGCUUUAAUCUUUUAUGGCAUGUUUGGAUUAUUGUUCCUUAUAUAUUGAAUUUACUUUCGGAGAA